UCUCCUCGCGCUUGUAUCAGCUACACUAGAACAGUUCAGGUUGUGGCAGCAGUGCCCGAAGUGCGCCAAACCACGGCAUUGUUGCCAUAUUCUGGAGAAUCAGUCCAUUUUCUCGGGGGAAAAAAAAUUACUCGGAACGGAUUUCACGUCCGCUGAAACAUCUUCAGCACCCAACAAAAAUAAUCUGAUAAUCCCGAGACUCCCAAAUUGAGGGAACAGACCGGGACCGUUGGGACUUCUAGGACAUAUUCUGGUUACUACUGCGCAAACAAGUACAGAGAAUCUUAUUAUACAUACUUGUAUUGUGGAGCAAACGGAUCAGAUGCAUUAAACGCCCCGUUAUUCCGGGCACUGUUAUUAAGCUUUUGUUUUGAGGGAGUUGAACAGCCGCACUGGAUUCAACGCUUGGGAUGCGGGAUCCCUGAAUUGAUCUGCUUCUUAUCCGCCUCGUCGAGCGGACUUUUCAUCUGCAGAACCAGAGAGUCGAUGAGCAUCUUAUUCGGUUUUUGGAUUUGAUCUCGAUUCCUGGCUGUACUAAACUCUUCUGCAGACGUUGCACUGAAUGCAGUUUUAGUAACAGCUGACUUUCUGUCAUAUAGUGAAGGGUGGACAGAGGUGGAGUGUGUUGAAGUUGCAUAAAUCACCGGAUCGCUCUUUGCAGAUCGCGAUAUCAGAUCGGAUAUUUGGCGCAAGGCGUGAAGCGAGAUGGUGAUGUUGGCGACUUUUUGGAUAGUCCUGCUGGUCGCGUUAAACGCUCCAGCAGGGAAUGGGCAGUCGGUGCAGACGGACCCCAGUAAGUCUGGAUUCGUGGGUGACACGGUCGAACUGCGAUGUGUCUUCAUCAACGGUAAGCCACCAGUGAAGAUUUCUCAGGUCACCUGGCAAAAGCUGAUAAAUGGCACCAAACAAAACGUCGCCACCGCUAACCCAGACUUGGGAGUAUCAGUGCUGCCCCCUUUCAAAGACCGUGUGAGCUUCAAGCAUCCAGCUGUACGCCAGAGGUCCCCUUCUACUCUUGAGGAUACCACCAUUGUGUUCAGCAACCUACGGCUAUCUGAUGAGGCAGCCUACAUCUGCGAGUACACCACCUUCCCAGCAGGCAACAGGGAGAAUAUGGUCAACCUCACCGUCUUUGCACGGCCAGUGACCAAGAUGACCUUGACUUCACCCACCAUUGUGGCAAGGAUGCCGAAACGCAAGAUGCCUGUAGCCACCUGCAUGUCGGCUAACGGCAAACCUCCCAGCAUCAUCAAAUGGGACACCACUCUGAAGGGUGAAGCCACGUUUCAGGAAACGCGCAAUCCAAAUGGCACCGUGACCGUGCGCAGCAACUACAUCAUGUUGCCCAGCCGCGAGACCCACCGUCAAAAGCUGACCUGCAUCGUCACCUACCGUACAGACCGCUUUACUGACAGCGUCAUACUCAAUGUUCAGUAUGAGCCACAGGUAAAAAUCGAGGGAUUUGAUGGGAACUGGUACCUGAAUCGUCAAGAUGUAAAGCUGACGUGCAAUGCAGACGCCAACCCAGCCGUCACCGUCUACCAGUGGAAACUGUUGAAUGGAUCACUUCCCAACAACAUUGAAAUCAAGAACAACACCCUGUUCUUCAAAGGCCCGGUGACCUAUGAGUUCGGCGGGACAUACGUCUGCGACGCCACCAAUAGCAUUGGCACACGCUCUGGACUUGUAGAGGUCAACGUGACGGAAUUCCCUAACUCCCCGCCUUUUGAUGGCCGUGAGAUCCCACAGGAGAUGCAUAGUUCCGGCGCUGCCAUCGGUGGUGCGGUCGGUGGAGUGGCCCUGCUGGUGGCCGCCAUUGCGCUGCUUGUCUUCUUCCUGCGGCGUCGUCAGCGCACCUUUAAGGGCGACUACAGCACCAAAAAACAUGUGUUCGGGAAUGGAUACAGCAAGGCCGGUGGCAUGCCUGCCCAUCCUCCGAUGCCUAAGAACAUGCAGUACCCCGACGACUCGGACGAUGAAAAGAAACCGGCUCAAAUUAGCGGGCCUGGCGGUUUCGAGGGUGGCGAUCGGGAUUUCGACGGCAACUCUGAGGAUCUGAAGAGACCCUAUUUCACUGUAGACGAAGGCGAAAGUCACGAUUACGAUGAACGGACCCUUGCCUUCCAGUACGACCCCGAGCCCGAGAUCACCGACGACAUGGUCUCCCAAACCGACGGCUCUGUUAUUUCAAAGAAGGAGUGGUAUGUGUAGAGUGGCAUGCAACGUCAAGGAUAAAAGAUCAACAACCUUUUGCCCUCUCCUUCAUCUAACCACACCCAUUCACCUCCAUCACUAGAACCCUCCCACCAUGUGUUUAUCCCUAUCUGCACAUCCCACCCCUGACCCAGUAACCUCCGCCCCCAUCAGAGUCCAUCGAAAUAAACAGCUGUGGAUAAAGCACCAACAUGUCAACAUCAUUACACAUCGACAUGCUUUUAGAUGAACCUGCUACAACAGCAAGAGGUUUUCUCAGUGACUGAUGCCAAUCAAUAUCCAGUAAGGCUGGACAGGCAGGUAGCUUGAACAUAUUACAGUGUAUUAUCAUUUUUGUCUCAUUUUGUUGUUAUUAUAAAUGUAUUAAAUGUAUAAAAAGAGACUGUGAGUGUUUUGGAAAGGGGUAUAUUGCUGAUCAUGUUGUGAAAGUCUUACACUGGAUGUAUGAUUAUUUUUUUAUUGUUUGUCUUGUUUUUUUAUCUCAUUAGCAUAUUACCAUUACUUUUACAUUAAUCAUAGUUUUGUCUGUUUUAUAUAGUCUUGUUUUUUAUAUGGAGUGUUGGUUACCAGAAAAUGUGGAACUAAAUAGUAGAAUAAUUAUUCCUGCCCAUACAUGUGUCGUUAUGAGGUCAAAGGUUGCAUUAACACUAUUGUGUUUAAUGGAAACAUCAUAAUCCUGUGGUUCUUGGUACAAACACCGCUCCCAACAUCCUAAAGGACCCAGAAUGUAGAUCCAGGGGUCCGAAAAUGUGGCAUGGCCUUGAAGCAUACAAUCCAAUGGAACAAAAAAGCAUGUGGGUUCUGACUGCUCUCCAAAAACAGUAUUUAUUUUAAGACCUAGCUCUGCUGAGAGCUGAGGGACACAUCUGCAGCGUUAGUCAUAUGAACACUGCAGUCGAGCAUGCAGAACGGUGCCUAGACAGAUACACUGCACACCCACCUGCCCCUCACUCUCCAUGCCAGUCUCAAUCAGUCUCCAUCCAUAGAUCCACCUCGGAUGUGCCAUCAUGUGUAGUGUUUUCAUAACAAUGCUUUCCAAAAAUCUAUUUCCUCUGAAACUCUUAAGACGCAAAAGGAUAAUCCUAUAUAAUGUGGUGUUGUUAUAAAGACAGGGUGUUUGUUAUUUAGAGUUGGUGAUGUGGAGUGGUCAAAAUGUUUUCAAGAUCUUGUAAAUAUGAACCGGUUCAACGGUAAUGUUUAGUUCCACAGGAGAUUAAAGCACAGGUGUGUAGCACUUGUGUCAACCAGCACUGAGAGCCUUUUGAUGGAAGUAGUUUUUCCAAAAGAAGGUAGCGGUAAAAGCAUGGGUCACGGGAAUGAAAUUACGGAAAAGUCUCGAGCCAAAAUGAAAUCAGAGGUAAACAUGGCAGCAACUGGGCAUCACAGACAGGCUUGCUAUGUACUGCUGGAUCUCUGAAACCACAGGAUCUGCCGCAAAGCCAGGAUUCCUAUCCAAAUCCUUCCUGAUCCUCUAUAAAGAGCAGAUUUGGUGGCUACAAAUUAGUAUGUAUUUAAAUAAACAAAAUGGAUAUUCAUCAAAAUCCUGACAUACCUGUUCGGCUGCAAAAUGUACAAGCAUUCAGGCCUUUUUUAAUGCAUGUGUGUCUUUUUUAAUCGCUCCUUGUUUGGUUCAGCUUUUCUCGCACUUUUUACAUCAGCGUUUGUGAAUGGGUGGGCCGUUUUCCACUAAAUGAUUUUACUUCCAGAGACAAAUAACCUCCCUGCGUCCAUAUCCCUGCGUAGAAUUUAUCAUGGCUUGUCCAUGAAAUAUUUAAUUCCCUUGCCUGCCUUAAACAGGGCUCUUUACAAGACGAGAGAUUAGGAUGCUGAACCCCUGUAAUCACAUGGACAAUCUAGGAGGACCUGAAAACAUGGGGAAACUCCAGAUGAGCGCCACUUACUGUAGGUUGCUCACUCCGUCGUGGAAUCUGGUGGCUUUUGUGCAUUUUCUCUGAGGGGAAAAUCUGCAGAAGGGAAUUAAAAACGAUAACAUGCAUUAAAGCUGAGAGUUCCACACUCCAAUUGGUAGAUGAAGCCAUUAUUAAAAGAACCCACAUAAUAAACAAACUAGAACGUGCAGCCUCAGAUUCCUUGUGGUCUGUCUCAUAGGGAAAGUCAUAAUACACUUACAUCUAAGCUACAUAUGAAUAAAAACCUUGAUGGUAGACCUCAUGCACAUCUUGAUUUGACCUAAAGCAGACCACAUGAUGAAUAACUGUACAUUUGUUGCUUAGCAAACCUUGUAUUUUAGCUUAGCAAUGUGCAACAUUAUACAAAUUGCAGUGCCUAUGAAGUGUGAGAUGUAAGGUUUUACUCUUUUUAAUUUUUUUUUAGAUCUGCAUAUUGUACAUAUUGUUUUCUUUUCAUAUUCUUUUUUUUUUAGAGUUAUUGUGCCUUGUCUGCCCUCACUGUACAUUUUUACAACAUUCGCAUGAUAAACAUUAUGAAUCUACACAAGUUGGCCAGUGUGGUGGAAAGUGCAUCACCUGGACUUUAAGUAUUAUAGAAGCUGUGUUUUUACCAAGUUUUUGAAACCCUCAUGAAUAAAAAUAUUCUCUCUCUGCUCCGCCAGCACUUUGUUAACCAGCUCACAACUGGAAACCUGCUACUUAAUCAUGGUUGUGAUUAAAGAGACUGACAUCACUUUAGCUAAAGCACAAGUUUUUGUUCCAGAAGUUUAAUUAGUAGUUAAUUAUAUAUGUAGUUAUUUCUGUAUCGCUUGCUCUUUCUUUCAUUCUUUUCACAGACCCCUGUGCUCCCAGGGUUUUGUUAAUUAAGGGUUCUUUUUUUGUAUGUUUUCUCAAGCCAAGCACAAGUUACCCAUUUACCAAAUGCUAUUAAGGCUUUAAAUGUCAAAUAAGAGAUUUUGAUUGACUAUAAUAAAUUUUCAUGACCCAUAUCAGCCUGUUUUUUGUUUUGUUUUUUAGAUACAGCAGUCUGUCUGCUGGAUCAGUUGAUGUUGAUGCUUCUAGCAGCAUUAAAUAGCAUGCAUAAGUGCAUAGGCAUACUAAGAAAAUAAUAUAUAUUUUUUUACUUUCUUUUUGUUUUGCAUAUUGUUGAACAGACAAAAUAUUGCUUUUUAUUCCUUCUUUCAUGCAUUCCUUGUUUUUUAGAUUUAAAGUUCUUUCAGUUUUUCAUUCGAGAGUCUCAUGUCUUUCUAACUGCCCACUUCAAAGCCUGACAUUCCACUGUAAAUAAUGUAUGUACCUUGGAAACUAUAGUUGGGUUUACUGUAUGUUAGGGGAACAGAAAUGGAGGAGUUUCAAGUCUGGACGUUGACUGCAAAAUGAACUAGAAAACAAAUCAGACAGCUCAGACGACUGGAGAUGUAUAGCUUAUUGCCAUAAAUCUACUUUGACAUGGACUUGGGUAGAUAAGUUUUGAUAUUUUAAUGGGUUCUGUAUAGAGAUGUGGGGCUGAUGCAUUACAAUGACUUUGUACAUAACUGCAACAAAACAAACAAAAAAUCAUAAAAACAUAAAGAAAGAUCUUGUCUUCAUGCAGCCGUGUGAAUGUAUGUCUGCUGAGGUCGGUAAUGAUAUGAAAAAAAUAUAUAUAUAUUGUUCACAUGUGUUGACCCAGUGAAGUAAACUGUAUUUGCUUUGAAACAUUAAAUGAUUUAAAUGUU